GCGGCCCUGCGCUCCAUUGGCGGCUGCGGCGCUGCCGGGGCGGGGCCGGGCCGGGCCAGGCCGUGAUGGCGCGGACCAAGCUGGACCAGCGUGGAGGGGCUUUCCGCAAGGUUUUAGUCGCCAGGGCUCCCCGGAAGGCGCUGGGCUCCAGCAGCAUCAACGCGGGGCCGUCGCUGCUCAGCAAGAGAGGUGGCAAGGGCCCUGUGCGGCUGAACCGGGUCUGUGUGAGGCCAUUGCCCGCCUGGCAGAAGGGCAUCAGCGACUUCCUGAAGCUCCCAUCCAAGGAGAACCGGGUACCCGAUGGAGCCACGCCUGGCACCAGCAGCAUGGAAGCUCAGCCCCUACCACUGGAUCCUGCCGAAGAUGGAGAGUGCUUGGAGGAAGAGUAGAUGUCAUCUGACCUUGAUUUUAAUGUUAAAACGCUCCUUCUACUUGAGCUGGGUUUUGUGCAUUUGUAUAGUUUUUUACAAUUUUUAUGGCUUCCUUUCAGUUAAUGUACAAGACUAAAAGUCUGAGAGAUAGCACUGGAGCAAUGAAUUAUUUUUUACUGUUUGGCACUUAAUGUUCAUUGUAAACCACUAGUUUAGUUUUUAUCUUGGUUUGCUUGAGUUCCUCCAGCAUGUUGGGCAGCUUUUGUCUUUCAUCUUCUGACUGCCCUGUGCUUGUCCAAGACUUACGUGAUCGUGGUUGUUGUGUUUCUGAAAAGGAGAUCCUCAUUUUUUUAAUAAACUGAAGCCUUCUGAUCACA